AUGGAGGAAUUACUUAGCAUUGAACAGAACACGACUCUGUCACGCCUCCGUUCCUUGUACAUGCGUGCUGUUCCCUUCGCCAGGAAUGCAUCUAUCUCCACCUCUCUGUCUGGUGAACUCCUACUGGUCUUCAGCUCAGACAUCAUCAUCAUUCACCUUUUCAGGGAAGGCUAUUCUGAGAUGAGAGGCUGGGCUGUAAUUUACCCGCCUCGGAACCGAAAGGGUUACAGCGACCCGGAGGCGGAGCCACGGCGGUGCCACCUGCUGCGGGGCGGUCUGGCGCAGGCGCCUAGGCUGCUAGAUGGUGGCUACCUGCGCGACCCGGGCGGAGGAGGAGCGCUUGCGCUCUGCGCUUUUCCGCCGGGGGAAGUCUCGCGGGGGCGGGGCGGGGCGGGGCCGCGCGGAGAAGUUCUCGCGGGACCCCGACGAGGAGCGGAAGCCAGGCGGCUGUGCUGCUUCGGCGAGCGGGCGGCGGCGGCGACGGCGGUGUCGACGAAGAUUGUAGCGGUGACGGCGACGGGCACAGGCGCUGCCCUAGGGGAGCAGCAGCGGGGUCGGUGGCCGCUCGCACCGCUGCGGAGGGGACGGCCGGGCGCGGAGCGGAGCAGCUGCGCCACGGGCGGCAUUGUGUGUCCCGGAGUGCACGAGCCGGUCCCGAGAGAGCGGCGAGGCCGAGCCCAGGGCGCUGGGUGGCUUCAGCAGGGAAGACUCCCUUCCCCCGGCUUCAGGCUGCUGAGCACUGAGCGGCGCCCAGAAUGGAAGCCAUCGCCAAAUAUGACUUCAAAGCUACUGCUGACGACGAGCUGAGCUUCAAAAGGGGGGACAUCCUCAAGGUAAGUGUGAUGCCACGCAGAUGCCGAGAUGGCCUCCCCUUGUACUCCCCUACCUUCGUUUACCCUGAUAACACACAAAGAAGCCGAGCUCCUCCUUUCUCAGUGCCCGCUUUAACCAUUUACCAUCGGGCGCUCUGGAUAGCUGAGAUAGAUGCUGAGUGGAAUAUUAAAUAUGACUUAAGACGGUUGGUGUGAUGUAUGGUCUUUAACUGCCUUUGUGUGAAUGCCUCCAGUAUCUCUGUUUGCUUGUCGUUUGCACGUAAAGUCAGAGCAGCGUGAUUGUGACAAGGAAGUAUGGAGUAGACUGAUACAUUUUGCAGUUUUAAGCAUUAGGGGAUUUUUUUUUUUUUUUAAAGACUUGAAGUAUUUAUGUAAAAGCACUCAGUCUUGUCUUACACAGUCAAGGUUUUGCAUUCUGGAACAUGAUGCUAGUUGGUUAGAAAUUAAUUUCCUCUAGUUUUGAGAGGCGGUUAGAAGUAUAUGCCAAAACUCAUUAAAGAACCUCAGUGUAUUUUUAUUCUUUGUGAGAAAACUAGUGGAGUUCUAAAUCCUGAAGUUAGUUGCGUUGUUGUACAAGUCACAGGGCGAUUUUCUCAAAAGAAACUUGAGCAAUUACCCUGUAUUAAACUCUAAUUGCACAAAAGAAACCUGCUGACAGUUUAAAAAUCAGCUUCUUUACAGUUUGCAGCUCAUUCUGAGCCCAAACUACUUACACGAGGAUUCACUUUCCACCUGGCACAUGGUAAUUAUGUUGUUUACCCAAUUGACGGCAGCAGCUUGCCCUUUUGGGUAUGUAAUUUAUUUUUACAAGGGUGGGUGUUAUCGAAUAAUGUGUCAGCUCUGCAUGAGGAGAACCUGAAGUUGAGUGUUUGCAUGUUCACUGCGUCUCAACUUUCGACAUUUUUUUCCUCUGAGCCUAGUCUGAUGGUUGGGGGUUUGCCACCCAUUUGUUUACUACCCCUGAAUGAAAAUUAUGAGAAUUUUACAAAGAGGAACAAAAUGGAAAUGUAGAAAUAGCCCCUACAAAAGGACGGGUUUUUUUGGUUUUUGUUUUUCUUUUGAGUCCUUCAGACCUGUGGGUAGCUACUAUUUUGCUCUCUUUGCCGGAGGCAUAGAGUUCAACUCUGAAGUUACCUGCUCAGUAGUUUCUUGAUGUUAGGUUGUAUUUCAUAGAAGGCAAUAUUGAAGAGCCCUUGAAAGAGAAGGAAAGUGUGUUCUUUUCAGAACUGUUUUUUGUGAUGCCCAGCUUUCCCAGGGUAUUCUCCAAGUCAGCAGACAGAACCAGCUAUAGGUUUUAGGGUAAUAUGUGUGUUCUGUUUUCUUAACUAGAAGUCAGAGCAAGGGACGAGACAUAACUUGAACUAUUAAGUUACUCUUUCAUUGGUGUACAGAGGAGUAAUUUGAUGUGUUCAUAGGUGAUUACUGUUUUCAACAGAUAACCAGCAUGUGGUAUCAUCAGAAGAUUGGCUACUCGAAUAUUGUACUCCUGAAACCAGUAUAACAGUGAACAUUAACUAUAGUGGAAUUUAAACAGUUGGCUGUUCAACUACCCGUAUCUGUUGCUUGUACGAAACCCUGUGGGGCCUUCCCUGCCCCCCCCCCCCC